UUCCUUCAAAUCAUUGUAUAGAAAUAAUAUAUCAAGAAACAAUAUAUCAAACAAAUUAUUCAAGAAAGACUCAAGCCAUCAUGCCUCUCAAUCCCCACUACGAGCCAAUGGGCCAGGAAUUUGUGAAGCAAUAUUAUGUUAUUUUUGAUAAUCCUGCCACUAGGGCCCUUACAGCCACCUUCUUCAGCCACAAUGACUCCUUCAUGACCUUUGAAGGCGAACAGGUACUGGGCUACUACAAGAUUUUCGAGAAAGUGAAGAGUCUGCCAUUCCAGAAGGUCAACCGAACCCUAACCAAUGUGGAUUGCCAGCCCACCGGUGAUGGCGGUAUUUUGAUGAGUGUCCUGGGAAGACUGCAGUGCGAUGAUGAUCCUUCGCUUUCCUUCUCACAGAUUUUUGUACUGAAGCCUGACACUUCUCCUAAUGCCUACUAUCUGUCCCACGACAUCUUUCGUUUGAAUAUCCACGACACGGAAUAAAGAUAAAUUGUUGAUAAAAUCUA